UCUGUCAAAUGUCAAUCAGUUGGACAACGCGGUCUGUUCCUAAACAUAUCUGUGUUCCCAUACCAAAGAAAAGGAAAACGAAAGCAAAAUAAUUGUACCUCAAAAUCAUCAAAAUUAUCAUUACAAAUCCAAAAUCAAUCUUCAUCCAAAUUCUUCAACCUCCAAGUUUUUCCAAGAAUUUAUUAGUUCCUCUCAGUCCAGAUUCACCUCAGAAAAUUUUCCAUUUCAUGGUCUAGUUUCUAAAUUUUCAAGUUCCAAGUUUCGAAACCCAUGACAAAACCCAAGAAUUUUUUUCGAAGUAUAAUGAAACCUUUUAAGUUCAACUCAGGCAAAGAGGGCCAGAAUGAAGACUUGGAGAAAAUAGCUCAACAAGAGCAAAAGCACUUCCCUUUCGCAACUUUGGUGGUUGCUACCAAAGAUUUCCACCCUAGUCACAAGCUUGGUGAAGGGGGUUUUGGACCUGUCUACAGGGGGAAGUUGGAUGAUGGAAGGGAAAUUGCAGUGAAGAAGCUAUCUCAUAGCUCAAAUCAGGGGAAAAAGGAGUUCGAGAAUGAGGCUAAGUUGCUAGCACGUGUGCAGCACCGCAAUGUUGUGAAUCUUUUGGGUUACUGUGCACAUGGCGUGGAAAAGCUUUUGGUGUACGAGUAUGUCACUAAUGAGAGUCUAGACAAGCUUCUCUUCAAAUCAAAUAGAAAAGAGGAGCUUGACUGGAAGCAAAGGUAUGAAAUAAUUACAGGCAUUGCAAGAGGUUUGCUUUACCUUCACGAAGACGCACACAAUCGCAUCAUUCACCGGGAUAUCAAGGCAAGUAAUAUUUUACUUGAUGAUAAAUGGGUCCCUAAAAUUGCUGAUUUUGGCAUGGCUCGCCUUUUCCCCGAGGAUGAAACACAUGUCAACACCAGGGUAGCUGGUACCAAUGGAUACAUGGCACCGGAGUACGUCAUGCAUGGACAUCUAUCAGUGAAGGCAGAUGUGUUCAGCUUUGGGGUUUUGGUUCUGGAGCUGAUAAGUGGCCAGAGAAACUCAUCCUUCAAUUUAGACGUGGAUGCUCAAAAUCUACUUGAUUGGGCAUAUAAGCUUUACAAAAAAAGCAAGGGCUUGGAGAUCAUGGACCCUGUCUUAGCCCCAUCAGCACGCCCCGAGCAAGUAGCUAUGUGCAUCCAAUUAGGUUUACUAUGCACGCAAGGUGAUCCCAGUCUUCGACCCGACAUGCACCGGGUAGUUAUCGUGCUGUCAAAGAAACCUAGCAAUCUAGAAGAGCCAACAAGACCUGGAAUUCCAGGUUCUAGAUACAGAAGAUCCCACAGGCCUCCUGGAUUCUCAUCAACUGCCGGAACUUCCGGUGAUUCAGAUACCCGUGCUUCUGAAUCAACCUUUAAUACUAAUAUCGCUUCUGCUUCUGCUUCCACAUCGACUCUUGCAAGCUCCUUGAAAUAUGACCCGCAUGGGAAGCGACCGAUGCAGAGUUAAGCUUGUUGGCUAUUCUUUUUUUGUAUUAUAAAUGCGUUAAAAUUUUUGUUCAUUAGUAUGUAAAUGUUAAUGGGGGAUUAGUUAGCGAAAGCAAAGCUGUCGAGUUGAGCUAUGAUUCUUUUAAAGCUGCAGAAGGAGCUAUGAUUCUCGGUGGAAUUUCGUGUUAACGAGGAGCCAGGAUUAUGUAAAAAGGGCAGAGAUCGUUAGAGCAUGUGGUUUGUGUGUUUAUUAGUCGAUGGAGCCAAAGAUUGUACACGCCUUCGAGGCGUUGACCUAUGAUGUGGAGGAUCACCAUUUUACAAAGCAUUUGAUGCAACAGAAGGCAAAUACCCAAUUCUUAUUCUCCUCACCUGGAAAAUAAUUGCCCAAAAGGCUAUAAUUCAAUCCUAAGCCUGUAGACGAAGAACCAGGGAGUUUAAUUUCAAUUUCAAGCUAACAACAAAUCCCUCAAAAAAAA